CCGGCCGUCCGUGUACUGCACUUUGAUUUUGAGCUGGAGGGGCUUCUGACCCAGGAGGCUGUUGGCGACCCUGACCGCUUGCGUCACGCUCCCCGCCGUGUUGGGCAGCAAGGUGCUUCCAGAGGCCGGACUCAGCUCCAACUUUACGUAUCUAGGCACGGCGCACUGGAAGGAGAGGUUUGUCAGGGUGACGUCCGUGCGGUUGUCGAAGCGGCAGAGAAGGAGAGACGCAGAGGGAUCGUCCGCGGGGCUGGGCUUGGACAGUUCCAUGGUAAUGCGCAAUCCGUCCUGGUCGAAAGCCGUGAU